AAUUCUACAAGUGGUUCUGAUUUACUAUCGCUGUUCUCUAGCUGGUCUAAAACCGCUUUUGCCCUAAAGGGAUGCUUUUUGGACGCCAUGGAGUUUUCUCAGUUUCCAGGCAGAAAGAACAGUAAAAAUGCAGGCAGGGCACAAGACAAAGCACUAGGGACAAAAUGUAUGUGAAAUGCUCUGAUACAUGAAUGUCACUUUUUGACAUUUUUAAAUUUCCUGCCACUUCCGUUCCUGUACGUCCCGACAUCGCAGGGAACAGAACCCGGAAGAGAGAUGCCGUCAUCGGCCGGGGACGCUGCAGGGGGGACAUCGCGGGAGAGA